AUGCAAUCGUGGCCCUGGCGCAUGCCAGCGCCCCGUCUCGACCGUGGAGCCAGAAUAAUUAAUUUGUAUCGGCGCGUGCCCAUGUUGCAAUCAAUCGAGCGUGAUCCGGGCAAUGUAAGUCAUCAAUUUGCUGAUAAAGGCCGCGUCAAACGCGCGGACGUGCUCGUUGCGCGCAACACUCGAAAAAUAGCUCAAAAAAUAUAUAAAGAAAAUGUCGUAGGAGGAGUCAAUUAUGAUCCAGAUAUAGGUAUGUAUGACCAGAGCGGCGUAAACACUGCUUCGGAAAACCCACACGAGUUUAUUGUGACGAAUACAGGCAGAAUGCCCAAAGGUUGCUACGAUGACGCGCCCGCG